CAGCAGGAAGGUGAAUCACUGAGGGAGUUCUCACAUGCACUGUUCUCUUUAAUGGAUCACAUGAUUCAAAGUUGUCCAGAAAAACGCAUCCCUGAUAGCGCUAAGUUGCUGCGUGAUCAGUUUGUUGAGUGUGUGGCUGAUGGGAAUUUGAGUCGAGAACUUAAAAGAAUAGCUCGUGAACACCCUGACCAUGACCUUCAUGCUAUUAGGGAUGAGGCUAUCAUGUGGGAGCGUGAGGGCAGAGCUGGGGAAGGGUCAGGCAGAUCUAGGAGUUAUUCUGUCCCGUCAGUGUAUAGUAUGCAGCAUGCAGGGCAAGCCAAGGGGCAAAAGGAUCAUGUAGGUUUAGAACUAGCUGAGCUUAAGGAAAUGUUGAAGCAGCAACAGGCUCAGAUUAAUCAGCUCACCCAAGAACUAAAGUCAACUCGCACAUCAGUCAAGCCCAGGACCUUUCAGAAGAGAGGACAGGUCAUCUGCAGACGGUGUCAAAAACCAGGCCAUUUUGCCAAAGACUGUGACAAUGAGAGGGUAGUUGCCUCUGAACCUAACCACUCCAGCCAGAAUUCAGCCACUCCAUACUUCAGGUCUCAGCAGGCGGAAAACUAGCUCCCUCUGUUAUGCUGAGCCACAUCUCAGAUGGGAACAUGACUGGCUCUAAUGGUGAUUCAGACACCCCUGGUCCCACCUCAAACUUGGUAGCUUCCUGUCCAAAGGUCACCAUUAAUAUGGGAGGGGUAGACAUUCGUUGCCUUCUAGACACCGGGUCCAUGGUCACCACAAUUACUGAAAGUUUCUUUGCCAAACAUUUUGAAUCGGGAGGCCCCGAGAAGCUGAGAGAGUGCCACUGGCUACGGUUACGUGCAGCUAAUGGGCUACAAAUCCCUUAUAUUGGCUAUUUGGAACUUGAUUUUCAGGUGCUGGGCAAGCUAAUCCCUAAGCGCGGUGUUCUAGUCAUUAGAGAUGCACCUGAUGCCAGCCCUAUCCCAGAAGUUUGUGGAGUCCUUGGCAUGAAUGUAAUCCGUGAGUGUUAUAAAGAACUGUUUUUGGAACAUGGCCCUGCACUAUUUGACCUCCCUCCUGUCAAACAGAAUCCCUGGCAGGAGGCGUUGCAGUUUUGUCACAGAGCUCACUUACAGGCUGAUCCACCAGUCAAUGGUCCCGUCCGAGUUAAGGGCCGGAGAAGGAUCCACAUUCCAGGAGGCACAAUGAAAUUGGUGCCAGCCACCUGUAGGAAAGCAUCUCCAGUUGAGACCGGGUCAGCCCUCUUCGAACCUCUGGAUGCAGGUCUGCCAAGUGGUCUCCUUGCUUCCCCAGCUCUGGUCAGGGUGGUCAAUGGCACAGCCUACAUCCCUGUCACUAAUGUAGGGACCACAGAAGUGAUUCUACCACCCCGCAUCCAGAUCGGUACCCUUUGCCAUGCUGAUGUUGUCAGCCAAACCGAUGACCUCAUUGGGACCUUCGGUGAGGAGGCAGCUGGGGGCAAUGUGGCUAGAGUGGCAGCCCAGACUGUGGAGGAAGGCCCCCUGCCAGCUGCCAUUGCGGCCCUGGACUUGUCCACCCUCCCAGCUUCUGACCAACACAGGUGGAUGAGCAUCUUCAACGGUUGGGAGCAGUGUUGGAGACCUUGCGUGCGCAAAACUUAAAGGCUAAACUGGAAA